GACAAACCAUUGCAAGAGAGAGAUAUUCAGCUUCAUCACCGCCAGGGAGCUAGCUGCAAGGGAAUCAGAGAGGGAACGAAGGCGUAAUCCUCCUCGCGCCCCCAAUCAUGGAACCUUAUAACCAUCCUCACCACUACUAACAGCAGAGAGUAUAAAAAGGGUCAGCCUGCAGAAAUCACAGAGCCCAGCUGCAAACAACACCACAACCCUCCAAUCAGUGACACAUUGCACAUUUGGCUUUGUUACUGAAACACUGCUGAAGGAGCCAUGCAGAUGGCUAGUCCCAGAUGAAUCUAACCACAGGUUCUGAGCUGCCCAUCCAGCAGUGCGACUGUGACAAGACAUGGAGGAGCACAGAACAGUUUGCUGCCCCCUGUAAAAUGAGAGAUUCUUCUGCAAGGCUUUUCAAAUGGAGUGAAACACACUGUCUGCCUGAAUAACUGGCCAAACAGCAAAACCCAGAGAAGAAAAGCUGGCACAGUUUAGAAAGCAGAUCACACUCGUCUCAUUAGCUCUGCUGCACGUGGAUGGGAGAAAUGUUUUUCAGUCUUGAUGUAAUCUUUUGUCCGACACUGGAUUAAACGAGCUGAAUGGCAUCGAAGAAUAUACAGAGGACUUGUGAGCAGACUGUGGUCUCAUCUGCACGCCUUGAUUUACCUCUCUCUUUUUGAGCACAUUAUCAAUAGUCACCUUGGCAACAGCUCUCUCGCCAACAUACCUCUUCAGGAAAAUAAGAUACAUGCAAGAGAUGCUAUAAAUUUCCGAAGCAGUGUUCUGGGCUCCGAUUAAUAACAGGCAAGACUUUUCAAGAGAUUUGGUUCAUAGUAUGAGAGCAAAUCAAACAGCAGUUUAACCGAAUUAAACUAACAUUGUUAUCACGGAGACAUCAAAGUACUUGCUUAAUCUCAGAGGACUAAGGAACUUAGCAAAUGAGCUGGCAGCUGGUUUGAGGGGUCUGAUUCUGUCGAGAUCGUUCCACAGGAUGGUGGAGCUUUUUAACCGUCGCUAUCUCAGACGAAUGGAGACGCAGCAAAAUCCUCAGCCGUGUUUGCAAAGAGGAGCAGAGAAGUAAGGAAAAGCAGAGCAGAAGCUGAACGUCUGACUGAAAGAGAAAUUACCAGCAAGCAGUUUCUGUUGAGAAUGUUUAACUGCUGCAUGCCAGGGUUUACUGAAACAGCUGAAGCUUUUUCUGAAGGUCUCCAAUUAAAGCGAAAAGCGCGCCUCCAUUAAAUGAGACAGGGCAGUUGACUUUUUUUUCUUGGCAUUCUUCCACCUUUGACCUCUGCCCUUGCUGCUGAAGUCAUUCAACGACACAUGAGAGUUGAUGACAAAAACUUCUUGCCUAACAGGACCCCCAAGCCCAAAGUACUACGGGUCUACAAUGAAGUGCUCGCUGCGGGUAUUUCUCCUUUCCCUUGUGCUACUUGUUGUGCUUCUUACUUCGCUGUUUUUCACCGAUACGCUGACAGGCGUGACCAACAUGGCUUACUUGGAGACCCAGGGUGGGGAAAAUUCCCACCGGGUCAAGUUGGUGCCUAGUUACUUGGGUGUGCAGAGGUUGAGCAAGGGUCUUGUGGACCAGAAGACAUGUGCCUGUGACCAUUGUGUCGGUGAUCUCGGUCUGUCGCAGUGGUUUGAUGAGCACUUCGAUCAGGACAUUCUACCACUUUGGACGAAAGCAAACAUGAAGCUGGAUCCUGACGUGUACAACUGGUGGGUGAUGCUUCAGCCACAGUUCAAACCACACGACCUGAAGGAUGUUUUGCCUAAACUCUUCCUCACUGUGCCCGGAGAGAAUCCAUACACCACCUGGAACCGUUCUCGCUGUCGGCGCUGUGCAGUGGUGGGGAAUUCCGGAAACCUCCAUCAUUCUCACUACGGAGCAGACAUCAACUCUCAUGAUUUCAUCAUGAGAAUGAACCAAGCUCCAACUAUCGGCUUUGAAGCAGACGUGGGCAGCCGCACAACGCACCACUUCAUGUACCCAGAGAGUGCAAAAAAUCUCGCACCAAAUGUCAGCUUUGUUUUGGUUCCCUUUAAAACCUUGGACCUCCUGUGGAUCACCAGCGCCUUGUCAAUGGGGGAGAUCAGAUUCACCUACGCGCCUGUCAAACAGUUUCUACGGGUGGAUAAAGACAAGGUACAAAUCUACAACCCAGCAUUCUUCAAGUAUAUCCAUGACAAGUGGACAGAGCAUCAUGGGAGAUAUCCAUCAACGGGAAUGCUGGUCCUGUUUUUUGCUCUCCACAUCUGUGAUGAGGUGAACGUGUAUGGAUUUGGUGCUGAUAGCAGAGGGAAUUGGCACCACUACUGGGAGAACAACAGAUAUGCUGGAGAAUUUCGAAAGACUGGAGUGCACGAUGCAGAUUUUGAGGCAAAGAUAAUAAAUUUACUCGAAGAAGCUGGAAAAAUCAAAGUUUUCCGAGGAAACUGAAGAAAAAAAGCCUAAUUAUGCAGUUGAAUUUUAGUUUUAAAAGAGAGGGGUAUGGACUUCACAACAACUUGCCUGUUUCUUCUCACCACGUGGAGAUGUGACAGAAUUACCCCGUAAUUACGUAACGGACAUUUUUAAAAAAUCAAAAUCAAGCAGAAUUCUGGAAUAGAAAAGACAGAACAGCUGCUAACUUAGUAUUACCUUCAAACAUUCACCAAAUCAUUUCAUUGGAUCAUUCCAAGAUGGCUGACCAGCACCCUGGUGGCUGAUGGGUAGAUAGCUCAACUCACAGUGGGCUAUUGGGCAAAUUUAGAUUUUUCCAAGGACAAUUUUAAUAUUUGAAUUGUGGAGUCAAGUCAGGAACGUAUGCGAUGACUAUAUUACCCACAUAUAGGAUAAUGAUAGGGUCUGGGGAUAAAGGGGAAGGUAUGCAUGUUUUGAAGAGAGUUCUGUCUUUUGGUUAACCUGCUAUUGGAAUUGUUUCAUCAGAAAGUUACUGAAGCCACUUUUUACUGAGAUUCAGGCAAGUGGAGCUUGUCACUUGGAGGCAAGACCAGUGUGCGUUAGAAUGCAACCAGAAGCAAACCAGUGGCUUAGCUGCCGUCAGUUUUAAAUAAAACCCAGCACAGCCUUCGUCAUUGCACAACAGCCGAGAGCAAUUCCCUGCGACUUGCAUUUGAGUCUCCUCUGAUUAGGAAACGUGUGAUACCAGAUUCACCAGCUUGGAGUUUGGUGUCUAAGAGGGGAUAGACAUUUAGAAAACAGCACUGCAGAAAGACGGGGUGCAAGUCUAUUUUAACAUUGUUUUCCCAUGAUCCCUUAACCAUAAUGAUGCCAUCUUGGUUGUUACCUAGUAACGCUCUAAUAUACAGUUCCAGAAAUGGAAAUUUUAUAAUAUGUUUACUUUCCUGUGACUUUGGGUUAACGUUAAGUUUGAGGCCUGAUUUCUGCCUCCACAAGAUUUGCAACAUUACAAAAGAUCUGAGCCCAGCGACACAAGCCUCACAGUAGUAAUUGGAGAUUGAUGCAGAGAGUCCUGGCUGUAGACAGGUCUCAAGGGCUAGAGAGCUAAUUGGCAGCUUCCUUUAGUAAUACUCGGAGCAACACGGUUCGUGAGGGCUGGGCAUACACCGGUCUCUAUAAUGCUUCUAUCAAUUGCAGGCACUGGCCCUGAGAUUCGCAAUCUGAAAAUCGGGGGGCCACCCAAAAAAGACAAAGAUCCAUAAGACUGAACCCCAUCCCCUGUUCCUCUUUGCAGAUGUGACUCAGACAGAGCAAAGGGUACACGUGGAGGGAGCAUUAUCUCCAACCCAAAUAUUAAACCACUUGAACUUUCCAGUCAGACAUAUGAAGAGCAGAUAGAACAUUACCGUCUCCAAAGCACAAGGAAAGCAGUAUUAUUGCUGUCACGUAGGCUUCCUGUGUCUCUUUAAAAAAAUCAAACAUUAAGGAACUACUGUAGAAUUUUUAUUUGUUUUCCCCAUUGAAUAAUAAAACACAAAACCCAUUCU